CGCCCCGUCCCGCCUCCGUCCCGCCCCGUUCCUGUCCCAUUCUCCGCCCCGUUCCCCGGCCACCCGUCCCGAGAGCCCCCGCGCUGCGGCCAUGGCACUGUGCGUGCGGUGCUGGGCGCGCUGUGGUCGCGGGCUGCGGCUCGGGGCCUUGCCCCGGCCCGGGCUCUGCGGGACCCGCGGCGUGCGGGGCUCCAACCCCUUCACCCGGCAGCAGGAGGAGGAGUGGCGGCGCCGGAACCGCUCGGCCGUGGGCUACAUCGCGGCGGCGGCCGUGGGCAUGGUGGGGCUGUCGUACGCGGCCGUGCCGCUCUACCGCCUCUACUGCCAGGCCACGGGGCUCGGCGGGACGGCGGGCGCGGGGCGCGACGCGGAGUGGAUCGAGCGCAUGGAGCCCGUGCGGGACCGGCUCAUCAGGGUCACGUUCAACGCCGACACGCACGCCAGCAUCCAGUGGAACUUCAAACCGCAGCAGAGCGAGAUCUACGUGGUACCAGGAGAGACUGCACUGGCAUUUUACAAAGCAAAAAAUCCUACUGACAAGCCAAUAAUUGGAAUCUCCACCUACAACGUUGUCCCCUUUGAAGCAGGACAGUAUUUCAAUAAAAUACAAUGUUUUUGUUUUGAAGAACAGAGGCUAAAUCCUCAGGAGGAAGUGGACAUGCCUGUCUUUUUCUACAUUGACCCAGAGUUCGCAGAGGACCCUAAAAUGGCUAAAGUUGAUUUGAUCACUCUCUCUUACACCUUCUUUGAAGCAAAGGAAGGACAGAAGUUGCCACUUCCUGGGUAUCAGUAACGGGCCUUCUCUACAAAAUCUGACUUCUGCUACAUCUGAGUGCCAGUUUUGAUGCCAUUUUUCCGAAGAAGAAAAUCUGCAGGAAUACUGUGCAGUAUGAAAUUAUAUUAUUAAACCUCCAUGGGCACAUGCUGUUAUGAAAAUAUAUGUAUAUAUUUUUUUUUGGAAACCAACUUAAUGUAUCCCUAUUUCUUACGGAUAGUAUUUCUUCAUCAGACAGUGGAAGGAACACAUUGUUCCUGAAGUAGAGAGGGUUUUCUCAGGCCAUCUUUUUGUAAGAUGUUAUCUGAAUACCACAAGGCAAAUUUUUAAACAAACAUGUAAAUUAAGAUCUUCAUUUAAAUACAGAAGAAAAAAUCAGUUGAUAAAGCAUGUAAAAUUCCAUUGCUGGCUCCAGAAAAUAACUUGCAUGUUAAGUUACUUUAGAAAAAGGUAAACCCAGAUAAUAAAUUAAGGUAAUCUCAUAACUAAACAAAGUUAGACUGUUAUUUCUGUGUAAGCCUCCCUGGCACAGGAGGAGAUGAUGAUUCAGAAGGUGAUGCACCCUCUCAUGUUAUUACUGAAUCAGUAGUUCAUUUGGUAAGAGCAGACUGCUCUAAAGCUGUUAUCAUGAGAACAGUAAUUUAAGCGUAAGCACAUCAGAUCUGUGGGAUGGUUUCCAUUUGGAAACUCUUAUUUCUGUGUUGUGUCCCACUCAUUUGAAUUAUCUGUGCUGCUGUUGAGUGCUCUUUGCCUUUGCAGAGGGCUCUAUUCUGGGCACCUCCACAAGAGAUAAUCUUGGCUUGUGUCUGACAUGCUUUUAGGGGAGGGCAGGGUAUAACAACUGCUCUGAAUUGCAGCUGAAUAAACAGCAUAGGUGUCUCCUCAAAAACCAAGACCAGCCCAUUCAGAGGCCGAGUUGGCCUUAGCCUGCCCAGCAGUGCAGCAGCUCUCCAGGGAGACUCUCUUUACCAGCAGAAGACAUAAGUGGGGUUUAUGUAACUUUUGGGCAUUAUCUGUGCAGUAGGUCUAAUAACACUUCAUCACUGCCUUGCAAACCAGGAGCAAGUUGCUGAGCAAGUUCAAGUAACCUGCUCAUUUUCAGACAGAAAUUAGUAUCAGCCAGUAUCUCUUCUGCUGAGCCACGUCUUUCUAUCCCUUCCAGCAAAGAAGAUCUAACAAAGUAAGGGUGAUGUUGGUUAGCUUGGACUCUGAAAAGGCAAUGGUACUUCAGAAGUAACUUCCAGUUACUUAAGAAUCAGUUAUAUUUGCAUACAGUAACUCAAAAACUGCUUUUUUGAAAAUAAAUGGAUGCUACAUUUAAAAUCCA